UCGGCAGAGCCUCCUUCCUCCCCGCCAGAAAGAAGGGAGAGAAGGAGAAGAGAGACUCUAUUAGCAGGGAAAACUGAGUGAGAAAUUAAAAUCUUUCCCUCUCUCCGCUACUGUUAAAUUAUGAUUCGCGGACCUUUGACGAGGGUCACAGCCAAAUCUAUUAUUGUCAGUAAUAUCCUGACGUCACUCCAGUCAACCGAAACGACCUGGGUAAACCCCUAAAAUUUGUUCAUCGGUUUGAUAAAUAUUCUUGCUUCAGAUAGACCUUAAUCAUUUACCAAUACCGUGAAGGAGCUACGGUGUAUCUAUUCUCAAAACUCAUCUCAGCCAGCUAACCAAAAUCAUCUGAAUUGAGACUAUAGAAAAGAAAAUAUGAGACCCGUCAUUUUAAUUUCACUGGCUGCAUUUCUAUUGGCGAGCCAAGUUGCUGUUAUCAUCGCAUUGGUUGUCCUGUACAAGAAAUUCAAAACUCUUAAACAAGAGGUACACAGUUUUAAAAUCAAGAAAAACAGAGCAUCUCUUUCUGCGUUGACUCUUAAAGAACCUAACAAAAAUCGCCCCGGCAAUGAAUACGUGGACGGCCAAAGACAUCCUAGCACCUUAGUGAGGACGAAUAGCGGAGAGAGUAUUGUAUAUGUGCCGACACCAGCACCAGAACGAAGGUCGAAAAAUUUCGACGAUCAAGAAAAUGGUUGUGAGUUGAAUGAGGCAGCAAAUGUGAGCUCUAGCUAUACUCAACAGCAAGAUGGAGAGGUGUAUGGAAACCAAGUGGUUAUUAAUAUGGCCGAAAAUGGUGUUGAAGCAAACACUACCUACAAUCCUUCUACCCCAUGUAUCGAAGACGUUAAUAUAAACUCUGGGUAUACUCCCGAUACUGAAGAAAUAUACGGUAACCAAGUUGUAAUAGAUAUGGUCAGCUGGAGUUCUGUCAGUAAUGUACAAACUUCAAACGUGAAGACAACUGACACAAAUGGUACAAAAUCCAAAAAAUUCAAAGCCAAGAGCGCGAGUAAAAAAGCGAUGAGUCAAAAAUGUAAAACAUCUAUCGAAAACGAAAGGAAAAAUGAAGAUGGGAAUUCUUUUCACGAAGGUAAUAACACUAAUGUCCAAAAUGACGAAGCAAUCUACGAAAACGUAAGAAGACAAAAAAGGUCAUCAAAAGCCUAGACUUUUGAAAUCCUAAGAUUAAUGCUUUUUUAAAUAAUUUUGUUAACAUAUUUUUGUAGAAAUAUAGACUUAAACUAAAACAGAAAGUUUCAAUCCUUAUGCUACCAUUUUCAUGGCUGAAAUAUUGUAAAUAUGCAAUUCCGUUUUAUGUGACGAAAGGGAAAAAUCGUUGUCGCGUAGGAUACAACAUAACCUAAGACUGAAGAGAAUCAUAAGUAAUCCAUAAACGAAGCGCCCCAUACUUUUAUGGGAUAUAUUGAUUUCUUGAUUUUUGAACCAUGUGAAUUUAGAUUCAGAAGCCUAGAGGGCAUACAAUGUAUCCGUGAAACACUAAUUACUAAAUUGUUCAAAAUAGUAGGUGCUAGUUAAACAAAAGAAAACAAUAGAAUUAGCUUAAAAUAGUGUAAGUUAGUAUUACUAAUAUUUCACACGGAUACAUUAUUUGCACUAUAUCAUAAAAACAAAUUUAAUAGAUAGUUAUUAUAUUAUAUUAGUUUACAGACAAAAGCUUACGGCCUUUAGCGUCUAUGUUUUGUUAGUACUUGAACACGACAACGAUACUGUCGUUCGACUGUUCCAUUUCAAGACUAAUAGACCCCUUGCAUGUGUAGUCAAAACAGCUCAAAUUGGAGGACAAAAGAAAAGAAUUCCAAUCUCCUGAAAAUUGGAAACCUAUUGUUAUGUCCUCCAAAUUGAACCGCAUUCCGACGUACUGCAAGGGGUCUAAUAGCUAGGCUGCCUCGUAAAUAUUGAAAAGCGAAAAUAAUUUGAAGCCAGCAUAAGAGCUUCGUCCUAUGUUGGCAGUCGUCGGAAUUUUCCUCGUCCAAUYAUUUCUUAAUUGGACAGCAGAAAAUUGUUAAAAUAAUAAGGUUAUUCUGGAUAUUUAUAUUUAUUUUAUCGCCCUUCAGUCUACAGCUGAGAUUAUGCACUUUCGACUUCCCCAUGUACUAUAAAAUUUACAACUUAACUGAAAGCCUUUUUUUAAAAUUAGAAUAGGUGUAAUAAAAGUGAAAUUAGAUGUAAUAUAAAUGAGCAUAUAUGAA